ACUGCUCAGGAUGGUACUACCACGUCCACGACACCUUCUACUAGUACACCUACAUCCUCAACAGUCGAGGAGGAGUUGGCUCGUGCAGCUGCCGAGCGGAAGGCGUUUAACAAAGCUCGAGUUGAAGCCGAUUUGGCGGCCGAGCGCGAACUAGAGGAACGGGAACGAGAAGAAGCAAAGCGCGAGCGCGCACGUGCCUUCGAAGAGGAGAAGGAAAAGCGGUCGAAAAGGGCGAAAGAACUUGAAGAGGAUCUGUUGCGCAUUGAGCAGGAAGACAAAAUGCAAAGACGCAAUAGUGGCGAAUCGGAUGAAGAUGUGCUUUUGAAAGUCGAUGCAGAGACCGAAGCCCUCCGAGGGGUUGCUGGGGAAAGCCUCAAGAAUGGGGAGACUUCUGAGGCCGGAACGCAUAGUUAUAGUUGUACUACGGCUAAAAAAGAAGAUGCGUGGUCGACUAGCAGUAGAGAAGUCACUCCUGGUUCCACAACUAGUCCUUCAACAACGCAAGAAGCAGGAGAUAUGUCUCGCACAACUUCCUCUUCCGUGGAGAUGAUAAACUCCUCAUCGUGUACCUCUGGUAGCAGAAGAAAUCCAAUCGAAGAUCUUGAUGCGCUGGGCGAAAUGCAGAGGACAUUGAGCUACGGAAGGAAUAUCCAGGAUACUGGCUACGAUACUGUAUCCCAGGAGGAAUUGUCGCAGCGGAUCCGAAAAACCACGGAAAGUUUCAUCGACGAGAUCAACAGCCCGGGAAGGAAAGCACUUAAUAUGGCUGCAAAAAUAAGUACUUACUCAAGAAGUAAGUCGUGUAAAUAACAGUUGCUUCAGGUUGUACCUGUAGGCAUAGUGUGACGUUACGAACUUUUAUGCAUUGACAGUGUGUCGAGUAAAUUGCCUCGCCUUAUUGUAAUCGAAUGAGACGUAUAAUCCUGAGUACUUCUUCGGACUUUUGUCAACAUACUUACUCAGAUUGAGCCUCUCGGUUCGUCUCGCUCCUCCUCUAACCCCUGCGCCGGCGUGAGUCGCACUGAGCUGAUCGAUCGUUUAGCCCGCGACACGCGUGAGAUGGGCCACUUGAGAGGCAUUAUCGACCGACAAGCGGAUCUGUUACAAGCCCAAUUGGACGCCCUGAUCAGGAUUAGGGAAGCCAGCACGCACUUGCUAUCCAACGCUGAGAUGACAGGCCACGUAGAACAACUGGAACGGUUACAUCUAGACCAAAAAUUAAGGUCAGCUUUUAUUUUUGUCCAUCUUUCUCGGCAUCUUGGUACCCUUUUGGCUUGUGGUAUUCUCAUGAAAUACAAGGUGCACCAAGGGGCCCCAAGAAAAGGGGGGCCGAGAUGCAAUCUUCUAGCAGACUCUAAAAAUAGUGAGAAUCCAUGAAGCUGUGUCGCAUUUCUCUAGCGGGUUGAGGGAUAUCGAAGAGGAGUACCGCAUGUGGGGUGCGGAGGAUAACGCGAUUGAUAGUAUGAAGACCCCAGAUACAGUUACAGCUGUUGGACAAGGACGACAGCAACAAGAACUACAUCAAGGGGAAUCUUCAUCUGUACUUCGCGAAACCUCAGAUAGAACAGAAGAGAAGAUGAAAAAUAGUGACGUUGGGGAGAAGAAAUAGAGACUUUUAUUACUAGCACAGUUUUCAGGCUCGUCCUGGAUAGGUUCAAUUUCCUAUCGAAAAUAAAUGAGUGACUUGUUCUUUGUUCUUUUUCAUUGCCGUGGACGCUUUAUUGGCGGUCCUUCCUGACUUCAAUGAGUAGUGAAAUUUAACGACUUUUUGAAAUGUUUCACAUCUUAAUGAUGAAUUAUAGAGAACCCUAAACGGACUACUUGUUAUGAAAUUAAAAGCAAAAGACCUCGUCAGCCCAAGCUAAUGAACCCCAUACCCAGGAAAACCUUAUCGCAUUUUUAUCCUCAGUGUGCUAUUGUUCAAAUACAAAUCUUUGCUUAGAGGUCACGAGCUA